AUGAAAAUUAAAGGCAAAUCUGCCAAAACUGUUAAAGCUAAAUCUAAAGCCCCAAAAGAGAAAAGUAAAUCUAAAGCUGUCAAAGUUAAAACGAAAAAGGAUAAAAAAGUACGAAAGUCAAGAAAACCUAAACAAAAAUCGGAAACUAAAGCACGAAGUAGAAGUAACUCAAGAGAUUCUUCCAGAAAUUCAAGAAAUAAUUCGUCACGGCGAAAAAAGAAGAAAACUAAAAAAAAGGUUAAAAAAGAAAAGAAAAAACAAUCUGACGAUGUCAUCAUCGAUCAACCACGAAGGAACAGUAGCCUUGGUUCGCGCGAAUCAGGACGUAUUGCUAAACCAGAACGUCCAUGGUAUAAGAAGAAACGAAGUAAAAAAGAUCCAAUCGUUUAUUCUUGUUGUGGAUUUUGUAGUCUUGGUGCUGGGAGUUUGCUAACGGGCCUUAUAUAUAUUGGGUUAUGUAUUGGAUACACAGUGUUACGGGUGAGUGACUUCAGACAAACCAGUGGACGAAAGUCGACAAUUUGGUCGAGCUCAGAUGGAAUCUUUAUGAACAUUUGGAGGAUUAUGUUGAUAGUAGGAAUGGGGUCGGCAGCCUUGAAUAUGUUGGGAGCUCUUGUUAUAAUGAUUGCUUCGUGCAUAUGGGGACAAAAGGAACAUUACAUCAAGAUGAGAAACUCUUCAAUUAUUUGGAUGGUAGUUACUGCCAUUGCUAUUAUAUUCAAUGUGGGUGAAGCUGUUUAUGUGACGAUUAUUCCUUGGAAAGAACUCAACCCUCAUGAUUCAAAUCCUUAUUCACCAACCAACUAUCAUCAUUAUUCAAAGAUAAAGAACAACAUGGCUACCUUGUGGGGCCUUACUGGCUGCCACAUUGUAUUUUAUAUAUACCUCAUAAUAGUGGUAAUAUCAUACCUACGCCUCCUUAAAUACAAAGGAGCUCCAAAAGUAGGAGUUGAUCCAACAGGUAGCGAUGAAGAGGUUGUUGGGGUGUUGAAACGAUCUUCUCAACAAAGUUCAUUCAAUGAAAGAAGAAGUCAAAGGUCAAAUAUGUCGCAGCAAAGUGAACAAGCCAGUUCUUAUGCCUCAAGUGCUGACUUAUAUCGUUCAACGUAUGGAAAUCCUGCCUUCAUACCUGAUAACACUUAUGAAAACUGGCCGAAAAAGGAUGAUGCUGCAAAAAGUGAUGUCACAGUUGUAGAAAUGCCGAGUCGAGCCGUUGCGGAUGAAGCAAAGUCAGCAACGUCGAGUAUCUAUGAUCUGCCGCCAGAGGAGCAAUAUGAUGACACACCAGUCGAACCAAAGAAAGAAGAAAAUAAAAGUAAAGAAAAACCAAAGCCUGAGACAAAGGUUGAACAAAAGCCUCCAUCUGUUUCCAAAACUUUGGAUAUCGAAUCGAACUCUUUAAAACGACAAGAAGCAAAAAUAAAGUCAAGCACUGUGACAUCAUCAGUGACAUCAACCCUUCCACCAAUCCUAAAGAAGUCGACCUUACCCCGACAUUCCAACUCAUUCGAGUCUAAAACUCGCCCGAUAAAACCCAUGACACGAAGACCGCCUGUGAAGCAACCCCCAAAGAAGGCUGAGCCAGUUAAACCUGACAUUCAACCUGAAGUUGUGUCAAAGUUUUUUAAGAGGUUGGAGUCGGAACGAUCGCAUCCGAAUGGUGGAAAUCCUAUGGAAGAAAUGUUUAGGUUGUUUGGAGGAAGUUUGUGUGACCAACAUCCAGAGAACUGUGAGAGGUAUCUUAAAUCAUACAAAGAUGUUCGUUCAAGGACAAGCCAUAUAAGUUCAGUGCGAGAUCCAUUUGAAUAUGAGGUGAAUCCUCCACCACCGGUUGCUCAACAACCUCAACCACAGCAGUUUCCAUUAUUAGCCGAUGACAUAUACACCGAUCAUUCAAUGUAUGGAGGUUAUAAUGAUCAUUCAUUACAUCACAAUGAUCGAUUCUACCGUCAUCAAUUUCACAACUUCAACCGACCGGAACCUGUUAAUGGUUUCCGGCCCCAGUCACGGGUCACCGGUUAUCGGCCUCCACCAAAACCACUCAUGCGUGAACCCCCUCGUAACUAUUACCCGGAACCGCCGCCUCCUUACCCCAUGCAUCAUUACCCCUAUUCAACCCACAGCAAUAACUACUAUGAUGACAGUAUAUAUUAUGACAGCGAAUGCAGCAUGUGUGAAUACGGGAGUAUAUACGGUGACUAUGGGUCGUAUUAUGGAAGUUACGGUGAAUUUUACCCACCCAACCCACCAUCACAUAGUUUACCCCCAAAUUACCCUACCCCAACCCCACACACAUUGCCCCCAAAUUACCCCAAGCACCCCCCUUACACCCCUUCACGGCGCACUAGUGGAACAAGCAUUACCCCAACUUGGUUUCCCCUACAAGAAGAUGACUAUUCCAUCUACCCAUCACCCCCACCCACCUUUAAACGAAGCAAAAGCCUCCCAAAUAUCCAGGACCCGCUAAAAAUGAGACCUCCAUCUUACUUAAGUGAGGACAGGGCGCCGGUAUCUCCAGCUUUUGUCGUUCCCUCGCCACGGGAAGCUACAAGAGUUAGCAGAUCUUCUUCAUUUGCUGAUGACCAUCUGCCUGAGGUCAUCCAGGAUGAGAGAAGAGUAAGUAACUACAGUGGAUACCAUACAGGUGAUCUUAGGAACAGAACUUCCCACACUGCUGAUGGUUCAAGAAGUUUCAAACGAGAAAGGACGAAGAGUUUUUCCGAAACAUCACGUCGCGCUUCAUUUAACAUCGGUGACGAUGCUUCAAACUACGAGGAACUGGGGAGUAUUUAUUCGACAUUCAACCUCAUUAGCUCCCCCGGUGGUAGACCUCCUAUGCGACCGAAGUCUUCAGCAUCACAGAGAUUAUCCUCAGAUUUUCCAUCUAGGAACCCUCGUUUACCCCCUCGUAGCCCAGUGAUUCCACCAAGGGUGCCAUCAUUUGGGGGUCAUGACCCCUAUCCUGAUAAACACAUCAGCAAGGAACGUCCAAGCUCAAUUUUACGAAGCAGUGAAUCGUCACUGGAUGGGACAAAAGCGCUGGUACCGUAUAAAGGAAAGUCCCCGAAUCAUUUUCAAAGAUCGAAGUCAUUUCGCUUCAGUGAUCAACAUUCAGACAAGGAGUUAAAAACAAAACAGGUGAAAUUUGGCAGCACACCAAAUCUACAUCAUAUUUGAUUUUACCAAGAACUGAAGAAAUGAAAGUAUAUUGAGAAAUUUAACUUGAUCUCAAAUGUCCUGAUACUCUCUUCUUAAUGAUGCCUACAAAACUUGCAUUUCCCUUUUUAUCCAAGAGAAAAGUUUGCUCUUGUUCCUGCUAAAUAUCACACUUUAUCAACUUUGUAUGGUUUGUGGAACGUGAUAGCUCACAUUGUACUUAGGCAGUUAUCUCUUAUGUCCACUUUAUAAAUCUGACACUGGUUAGAAAAGAAAUCCCAGCUUUAGAAGUUGUGAUUAUUGUUGCAUCAAUAAUAUUUAUUGUUGCAACUAUUGAUUUUUGCUACUUAAGUGUUUCCCCCCAUUCUCUUUCCCUUUGUUUAUUUGCAAUAAAGUUUCUUGGUUGUGCAA